AUGGCGCCUUCUAGUCUUUUAAAAGCGGAGGCGGACGAUGAGGAGGCGAAGAAGCCCGACGCACCGCGCGAGGACGGCGGGGACAGGGGCGAGAGGCACGCGAAAAAGAAGGAUGGAGACCGCGAAAAGAACAAGAAGGAGCGCCGUGACAGCGGAAAAGAUCGGCAUCGGCACGAGAGGCGAGAAAAGGACCGAAAGGCAUCGCGGGACGCCACGGCCGCGACAAACAGAGGGAAGGACGUUGACGAGGCAGAGAAGAGCGAGAAGAAAAAGAAGCUGAAAGACGAGGCACACAAGAGAGAGAAAAGAGGCCCAGAAAGGCCGUCCGAGACUCAGGACACGGACGGGCACGAAAAAGACAGACGCGGCAAGAGAAAAGAGGCCAAGAGGGAGGGACAGGAUGCGAGUGCACGACCUGUGACGGAGGAUGGGGAGGAUGUCCACAUGGAGGAAGACAAGAGAAAAGAGAAGGACGACGAUCAAGGGAGGAAGGCGAAAAAAGAGAUACGGAGAGAGGGAGACAGGCGACGUGCGAAAGAGAAGGACGACAAACACAGCUCCAGUCGCAGCGAGAAGCGAAAGAGAGGCAGAUCUCCAGAGAGAUCGAGAGAAAAAAAGAGCUCAGGAGGAGGGGAUCGCCGAAGAAAGGAGAAGGACGGCCGGAAGGGUUCGGCCUCUGCGUCGCGUCCUUCGCUAUCGCCGAGCCUCACGCGUCCUUCCUCGGCGCCGAGUCGAGGCUCCAGUCUCGCGACGGAGGCGCCGGAAGCCGCGCGUCCCGGGGCAAGGCGGCCUGCAUCUCAAACUGGAGAGACGCCCGAGAAGCGGGAAAAGGGGAGAGGACGGUCCUCGUCUCGCGGUUCCAGUCGCGGGUCUCCAUCUCGAGAAGGCGACAAGGUCGACAGAAGCCGGUCUGCCUCUCCGGGGAGAGACAAACGAAGAAGAGACAGCCGAAAGAAGGACUGUGAGAGACACCGAGCGCACAGCCGUCACCACCGCCACAGACACCGGAGAGAGGACGAGAGAGAGCGAAAGAAGCGAAGAAGACGGUCUUCCAGCGGAAGGUCUUCCUCGCGUUCGUCUUCCGCGUCUCGGAAGAGAGACAGAUCCCGACGCCGGAGAAAGCACCGACACGACAGGAAAAGGAGACAUCGCGACCGCAGCUCGUCUUCGGGCUCUUCGUCUCGAAGUUCUUCCUCGGACAGCGACGCACCGCAGGCGUCCUCGGAUGCAAACACGACAAAGCAAGAAGGCGACUUGAAUCAAUCGAGCUCGGUGCCUCUUUCCACAGCCCCACCGAGCCUGGCUGCGCCGGCGUCUGGCGACAACCCGCCGCUCUAUCCCGUUCCUUUCUCGUACCUUUCACUUCUCUCCGCUUCGCUCCGGGCGCAAUCUGCCGGCGAGGCAGCAGGCGGAGGUAACGCCUCGAGUGCAAGCGCUCCUGCGACGACCGACCCAGCACAGGCCGCAGCCUCGUCUCUUCCCUCUACCGUGGGGUCGUCCUUUUCCUCGGCGCCUUCCCUUUCCUCCGCCGCAGCGUCGGCAAGCUCGUCUGCCGACCCGGCGGCUGCGGCGCCAGGAGCGCUCGGAGGGUCGGAACCCAGCACAUCUGUCGAGGAACAGUUAGCGGCUCUGAAGAAGGAAAUGGAGGAGGAGAACGAGAGAAGAAAGCAGGAACAGCAAAAGGAGUUGGACGUGAUUCUAGGGGACAGAGCGGAGACGCCGCUGGCUAUGGAGGUCGCUAAGGAAAGCGAGGCUCAUCCUGAGCCGCAAGAAGCCACCAAAACGGAGCCGCCUCCGCCUCCGCCCCACCCUGACGAGGGUUUCAACGCAGACGAGAGACUCGGCGACGGAGUCGCGCACCUCGAAGACCAAGAAGUUGUUGUGGCCUUUGCCGGCCCCACAGCAGACGUGCACGACCCUGCGUCCUUGCCUCUGCCCGUCGCCGACGUCGUCGGGAGCGAGCGCGUUUUGCACUCUGCAAUUUUAGGCAACCUCCUUUUCCUCGGCUUCAAGCGCCUCAUGCCUGUCCAGAGACACUCGAUUCCCAUCGGCUGCGCUGGGUACGAUAUCUGCGGCUCAGCCGCGACCGGGAGCGGUAAGACGCUUGCUUUUCUCGUCCCCAUGGCCUCGCGACUCCUCAAGAUGGGACCGAUCGACCGACCUUUCUUCCCCGGCCCGCAUGCGCAGGCUUCUCCAACAGGCGUCGUUCUGGUCCCGACCCGAGAGCUCGCGCUUCAAAUCGGCGAGGACAUUGUUCGGGUCUGUCGCGGCACUGGCCUCACCCACAUCCUCCUGAUUGGCGGCAUCCCUCAAAAGGACCAGGUUGAUCUCAUCUCCAAACAACAAAUCGACAUCGCUGUAUGCACACCCGGGCGCUUGGUGGACAUGUGCGACAUGUGCAAAAUUUCCCUGAGUUUCGUCGCCACUCUGGUUCUGGAUGAGGCUGACGAGAUGCUGAAUCUCGGCUUCCGAAAUGUGAUUAUGUCUCUCGUGAAAGGCCGAGACCUUCCGGACACGCGACAGACAAUGCUCUUUUCGGCGACGUAUCCGCCGGACUUGCUGAGUCUCCUACCGAUGCUGCUGAAGCCGGCGUACGUUCGCCUCUCUGUGGGCCCCGCCAACGAGACUGCUCCAGGAGGAAUGAACGCAGCUGCGAAGAACAAUUUGGUGAAACAGAUUGUGAAGCAAGUGGAGGAGCCGCUCAAGGCGGCGGCGCUUCGCGCGGAUUUGGAGGAGUUUUUCUCGACGUCGAGAGACAGCCAGGCGAUCGUCUUUGUGCGCAGCAAGCGAGCGAUUCACCCGACGGCUCACACGAUUCGCCUCGCAGGCAUCCCCGCGGAAGUCCUCACUGGAAACCGCACGCAGCCGGAGCGUCAGCAAGUCUUCCGCAAUUUCCGAGAAGGCCGGUUCCCCGUCCUCGUCGCCACGUCGAUUGCGGCGCGAGGUCUGGAUUUCCCGAACGUCGGUCUGGUGAUCAACGUGGACAUGCCGCAAGAAAUGGAGCACUACGUCCACCGAAUAGGGCGCACGGGGCGCGCUGGAAGAGCAGGCGUCGCCAUCAGCUACAUGAACUGGAACGACAAGAAGCUCGCUCCGGCGAUGAUUCACAUCCUCAAGCAGCACGACGCAGAGAUUCCGCCGUUCCUCCAGGACAUGGCCAAUGAGUUCUAG